UCAAUACAGUUUGCUCAUGUGAUUGCUAUUAUUAUCGAUGUGCGGUGUUGGUGAAUCUUCAUUUCCUGAGGGUAGAUGAAGAGGCUAGAGCUCCAGAUUUAUCCAGGAUUGUGAUUGCUGGGGAGAGACAUUGCUGUAUGCAGAACAAGAGAGAUUCACGGUCAUUAAGAGAGCAAAUUCACAAUAAGAAACAAAACUUUAUGUUCAGCUAAAAACCCAGUUGGGUUUGCCAACUUGUUGACUAAUGGCUUUAAUGGCUCAAGCUGGUGAAAAGGAUGGAGACCAGCAGUUACUACACAAAAAGCCUAAAGAGACAUGCCAUGGGUGCUGCAAGAGUUUUUGCGCCUGCUGUAUCCGAUGGAUGAGUGGAUUCAUUAUUCUUCUGGUGAUAGCUGGAAUCGUCUUAUGUUUCAGGGUCUUUUUUGAGUUUCCAGUAAUCCAAAAUGGCUUCAGGAAUACCUUGAAUUUUUCCAAGGAGGCAGUGGAAGCAUUCAUGGAGGUGACACCAUAUUUUGAAGAGCCAUCUAACCAAACUGCUUCCAGUGAAACUUUCUCUUCAACCUCCAAUGAAAUCCCAGUUGAAAAAUGCAAGAUGUUUGUGGGUUCCUUUGAACUGUUAAAUGAAACGUAUUUAUCGCAGUAUGGGGACAUAUCAAGCCGCGAAUUUCAGGCAACUGCUCAGCGUAUAAAGACAUUGCUGAAUAAUACGUUUAAUAACAGUCCACUAUACUCAAGCUACAGAAACGCAUCUUUGUUUUCACUAAGAUCUGGUCCGACCAUUGCCUAUUUCCAGUUGCUGUUUUGCAACAAAAGCAAUACAUGGAGUGGAAUCAAAGCUGAUGCAGUGGCUAAGAUCUUGCAAAGUUACAAUAUAAGCCAGCGGCAUGGCAAUAUAUCAAUCAAUGUGUACAGUGUUGCAGUUGGAGUGGUGGCACCAUGCCCACUGUUUUGGAAUGUAGUACAGCCUUGGCCCUGGCAAGUCGUUAUCAAAGUAGAUGGGACUGCAGUAUGCACAGGCAGUUUGCUAACUGCUUUUUGGGUCCUCAGCUCUGCUAACUGUCUUCUAAACAGAGAUACCUCUUUGCUCAGUGUCUCCUUGGGAUCUGGAAAUUCUUCUGAAACUGUAGCCAAGAUUAUCCAACACCCUAACUUCACAGCGUCACCCAUAUACAACAAUUUUGCUUUGAUCCAUCUCUCAAAUCCAGUGUGGUUCAAGUCUUCUCUUACACCCCUGUGCCUGCCCCGGGUGAUUCAAGAACCUGCCCCGGGCAGUGUAUGCAACGGCUCAGCUGGGGAUCCAAUUUCAGGUAAAAAUACAAGCUGA